AGGAAACCGAAGACGGCACGUCUGCGAGUGUUUUCUUGUCAACGUGGAAUAAGUCAUUUGUGGGAUUACUCAGACAUUUGACCGUCCACCAGGGUUUCUGCCUCUGAAGUUAGAACGCUGUUUUAUGUGGACGUGCACUGCAACACACAAGGCUUGUUUGAAUGCACUGCUAGACCAAACCUCAGACACCAUCACACCUGAUUCACCUUCACUGUGUGGAGCUCUGCACCAGGAAUCACCAUGGCAACGAUCAGUAACAUCUCAACAAAAUACAAGGACAUCAUCUCCAAAAGUUCUCAGAUCAGUUCAGGAUCUCCUGCUCGAUACCAGCUGAGACCAAAGACAGAGAGGAUCGGUACUCUGACCAGAAAGACUGUUGGUGAGAAAAAUCCUAACAAGAUAAAUAAAACCAUCUUACUUGUUGGUGAAAGAGGAACAGGGAAAUCUACUCUGAUCAACACUCUGGUCAACUACGCCAUGGGAGUAGAGUUUGAUGACGACAUCUGGUUUGAGAUCGUAGAGGAGAAGAGAAGUCAGACAGAAAGUCAGACAUCUGAUGUGAUCGUGUACGAGAUCUUUGACUUUAAAGAAAACACUCUGCCCUACUCUCUGACCAUCAUUGAUACUCCUGGAUAUGGAGACACCAGAGGGAUCGAACAUGAUCUUUUUCUUAGUCAAAGAUUAUUGGACCUGUUCAGCUCGGAAGAAGGAGUUCAUGAAAUGAAUGUAGUGGGUCUGGUGCUGAAGGCGACAGAGAACCGACUGAGUGAUCGACUGAGGUACGUCUUUGAUUCCGUCGUUUCUCUGUUUGGAAAAGACAUGGAGAACAACAUCGUCGCUCUCAUCACUCACUCAGAUGGAAUAAAACCCGAAAACGUUCUACAAGCUGUUGGGGCUGUAAAAAUUAAAUGUUCCAAAAAUGAGGACAAUGAGCCGGUUCACUUCCUGUUUGAUAACCAACAGAGCACACAGAGAACAGAGGAAACACAGCUUGGUUUAGAGAAUGGUUGGAAAGUAACCAUGGGAGGACUGGGUCAAUUCACAGACUUCCUGAAGACAUCCAGACCUCAAAAGUUGGUUACAACAGUUGAAGUGUUGCAUGAACGCAUCAGACUGACGGCCUGCAUCCAGAACCUGCAGGAGAGAAUUGGUUUGAUUGAACUGAAACAGACUGAGAUCAAACAGACAAAAGAAGCUCUGGAGAAACAUGAACAUAAGAUGAAGAAGAAUAAAGACUUCACUGUAGAAGUGGAUGAGGUCUACAAAGGUAAAGAAACUAUCAGUGGUGGGAUGUGGUGGUUGUUUUUUUAUGAAGGAGCUGUGACCUGUAAAGUCUGUGAAGAGAACUGUCACUAUCCAGGAUGCAGAAUGGCCUGGAGUCCUGGACUCUGUGAGGUGAUGAAAGGAGGCCGCUGCACUGUUUGUACUAAGAAGUGUCCUGCAUCAGAUCAUGUGAAAGAAAAUUGGAUCUAUGACAACAAGACAAGAAAAGUUCAGAGGACCCUGCAAGACAUGAAAGACAAGUACGAAGAGAAUAAAGCAGAAAGUGAGAAGAAGUCGAGCCUCCUGGAAAAUCUAGAAAAGGAAAUGAAAGAGCUGACAGACAACAAAGAUCAGUUCCUUGAAGAGUCCUACCAACAUGUCGUCAGGCUGGAGCAGAUCGCCCUGAAUGUGGAUUCACUGUCCACCCAUGUCCACUUGGACUUCCUGACUGAGAAGACGAAGGAGAGAGGAGACACAGAGAAGGUCCAGAAGCUGGAGGAGAUGAGAAAUCGAGUGGAUGAAGCAACCAGAGCGGGACUGCAGUAUAUGUUUGGUAAAAUAACAGCAGCUGGGAAAGCAGUCAAAGAAAUGAUAAGUAAGUGAAGGACUUCACUGUGACCAGUCAGACGGACAACAAGGUCAUUAGAUGAUAAUUCUGUCAGCUGUGAUGUCAGUGUAAUAACUACAGUAGGUGUAUAAAUGUGAUCAGCUUCCAAAUGUAUAAUAUGUGAUUGAAAGGAUUCUGAAUGUUUCUGUAUGUGGUUGUGAUUUUUUUGUUCAAUCAUCAAUGAUCUUGUAACUCUACAGUAAAAUCUUGAAAGAUUAA